CCCUGGACAGUGAGCCUGCUCAACCCCCGCUUCUAAAACCUCCUGCACUCUGUUCCUCAGCCCAUCACUGCACCUCAGGUAUAACCAGAUCACCUAAGGGCUAAACUGUCUGGACACUGUGAGACCUGGGUGUGUGAAGACAGUGAAGGAUGGCCGUGUUUUGGAAACCAAUGGCAGCUGGACUGCUGCUCACUGUGAGCCUCACUCUGCUGGGAUGGGGAGUUGAGGCGCAGGGGGGUACACAAGCAAAGAAAGUAGUAUCAGGCGAGGCUACCGUCUAUCUCGGCCAGGACAGAGACAUCUGGAGGCCAAUAAUCCACACCACGUCAAACCUCAGUGACAUCAGCAGUAUAAAGUCAACAUUCCAGUUACGGACCUUUGACCCGGAAGGUGCCAUUUUCUACGGAGAUACCAAAAACGGGGACGACUGGUUUGUUUUGGGUUUGAAAGACGGCCUCCCUCUGAUGCAGUUCAGCAUCGGGGGCAACCAUGUCAGUGCGGAAGGCGGCCCCCAGCUCAACGACGGAAAAUGGCACAAACUGGAGGUGAGCAACCAAAAGAAUUUCGUGAUUCUAGAUGUGGACGGCUCCAAAGGGCUGGUGGUGGGCAUGGGGGGGCCGUCCAAACAGACAGAGGAGGUCCAAACAGGGGAACUCCGACUAGCCCUCGGCGGGAUCUUAAUCGACAAGGAAAAGAUGAUGAUUCAGUUUGAUCCUAAGAUGGACGGCUGUGUGCGUGAAGGCAGCUGGCUGAAUCUCAGAGCCCCCUGGGAGGUGGAGGUGGAGGAGCUCUGGCCCUGCUAUCAAGACAUAAUUCCUGGCAGCUUCUUCCCUGGCACUGGAUUUGCUGUUUUCAAUACCUCAGUUUUCCCUGUUGAGGGCGGGAAGGGGGUCAAGAUUGAAUUUCGGGGAAAUUUCACUAUGAUGCAUGGGACCAUUUUGAGCAUCAGGGCUCCUGGGCAAGAGAUGAUGCUGACUUUAAUGGCCGAUAAUAACACACAGGAGGUCACCCUCACGUUCGGUUCAGAAAAAAUCAGUAUGAAAUCUGAUAAUUUCAAGAAGCUGGUGAUAACCUUUGAAGAAGAGAUGCUGCAAGUACUUCAAGUUCGAGCCAAAUUUCAGGAUUUACAAAUCAAAUCAGUGAGAAACUCAGGUUUUUUGACCACAUGGAGAAACGGUCGUAUCGCCUUUGGAGGUCUCUUAGGUGAGGGUGAAGACAAUGUGGGCUCCCAGUUCUUGACAGGCUGCCUGGAGAUGAUCCAGGUUAUGGGCAGGGAUUUGGAUUUGGAUUUUACUGUCAAACAUCCAUCAAUCGUCUCUCACAGCUGCCCUGCAUAACAAAUGAAAGUACACAUGUUCAAUAUGUGGACUCAGAUGCAUUUGGUUCGAAUUAAAACAAAAAAAAAUACAAUGUUUUUAAAACUAA